CCUCACCACUGCGAGUACUGCUGAGUACUCCUAAAGGCACUGACAAUGGCCGUGAAUAGCACUUUCACGCCGAAGGCGUCACUAACAGAGGCUCCCACCAACCUGAAGGAGGCCAUUGACUGGGUCCUGAGGGUAACUGGUAAGGAUGGUAAGAAGCUGGGUGAUGGAGAAUGUAUAUGUGGCCUGGCGGCGGCAGUGACUGACCUACUGCAGUCAGUACAACUGGAGUACCAUGGCUAUGAGGGUGAUGUUAAGAAUGGCGCUGAAAAUUCCAACAGUGGUGCCACUAAAGCUGACGUUGACAGUCGUCUCAACGACCUAUUCUCCCUAGUCCAGGGACUAGGUGGUACCUCCGUGGUCCGGACCUAUAUAGACCAACUGGCACAGGUACUCAGUGCACUCGUUGGGUGGAGUAAGAUAGAGAAGUGUUGGGAGGGCAAGAAUGAGUGCAAGAAGGGUAAUAAGGAACAUCAUGGCCAAAAUGGCGAGUGCAAGUAUCUAAAGGAUAUAGAGUCGGAGAACAAGUGUGGUGAUUGUGGGUGUAUGAAAUAUGUAGUGAUCCCGAGCGUCGAUUGGGUACAACUGGGCAGGGGGUGUACAAAGUGUAAGGGUAGUGGCACUGAUGAGGAGGCGAAGAAGCAGGGCUGUCAGUGUGAUACUGAUGAUGAAGAGGGCUGUAGUGCUGGAAAUGAGUGUAAAUGCGCUCUAGCAGGCAAAUGCUGCAAGUGUUGUUGUAAGGGGAAGCAGUGUGGAUGUCAGGAUGCCAAGUGUAUCUGUUGCACUGAGGACAAGAAUGACGACACGAAAAAGCUUGGACGCCCUACAUUUCAUGACAGUUAUCAGUCUGCAUAUGGAGAAAUGAAUUUCAUAUCAAUAUACGAUGGAUCAGAUUAUCGUAUAAGCUCCACAUGGACAGAUCUAGUGGAACGGGGUGGUAGUAAGACUCCCUCCCAACGCCGUCACCACUGUGCCCGGAUACUCCUAGGGUCAGUAUGUCUCAUUUGGAGUGGACUUACUUAUAUGUAUUGGACAGGAAAGUGGACCAAGGGUAGUCCAUACUGGAACAAUCACAUCCUGGAUGGUAGUGGUCUAGAUGAUGGUACCCUAUCCCAAUGGCUACAGGCCCUAGGGUUUCCUAAGACAAUGUUGAAUAACCAUGGGCCGAAAAAUAGAUUAGAUCAGGUCAUAUGGGAUGGAUUUAGGGAUAUGUUUUUCUUGGGAUUCCUGGAGCCUAGUGGCCUUGGUGAUGGUGUCAGUGACACUAAUGGUAAUACAGCGAGAAGUCCUUACGGUAUGAAUUAUGCCGGUUUUGUACAUACUGCACAUAGGGAUUCAUUCAACACUGAUCAAGCUGAUGUCUUUAAGGACAACGGUACCGCACAGGGAAUUAACCAGCAUAAAAACGGUGCCAUUUUUAAGCUCUAUAUUCUAUCUUGUGCCUACUUUACUGGGUUACAGAAAAGGAAUAGUGAGAGUACUCCAAGGACUCCCCGUACCAUCCGGGAGAUCCUCUACUGGCUAAGUGCAUUGCCCUAUAGUAAGGCCUACAAGUAUAUGCUAGAGUAUGCCAAGGAAGUAUUGAAGAAGAAAGCACCAGACGUCGACGGCAAAAAACAGCUUUCGUUCUACCAAACAGGUCGUUGGGCUCCUAUUACAGUUGAUGAAUACAACCUGUUUGCCCACUUCCAAGCAGUGACCCAGUACUGCCCAUUGGUCCUCAUAGGUAUCCAGGGUGGACUACACAGCACUGACAGCAGUACUCCUGCCAUCCACUCCUUAUACGCUAACACUGAGUGCAACUUCACCUAUCCCACAGUGUCUAUACAAGCAUACAACCAGGUGGUUCACUACAUUAGGGCUCUAUUCUAUCAACUCUAUUUCCUUAGGAAGCAAUGUGCGGUGAAGGUUGCUUGUGGAGGUAAAUGGCGUGAGUGUAGGUAUGGCAAGGAUGUGGAGUCUAAGGGGGUAAUUAGCUGGAUGUGCCUGGGGUGUAACCCCAUGGAACAUGAUAGGAAAUGUAGGGUGGAGAAGUUGAGGAAGGGGUUGGUGGGGGUAGAAAACGAGUUGAAAAGGUUGUAUUAUGGAACAUCAGGAACACUGUCAGGAUCUUUGAAAACACUAUUGGAGAAGAUUGGUGAGGUAGUGGUACAAUUGGGUAAUGCCCAGGAGGUAUUGGAAAAGAAGGCUGAGAAUAAAGCGAUAGAGGGGGUGAAGGUGGCACUAGGGAAGGCUAAGAAGGAACUAGAGAAGGCUAGGACGGGACUAGAAAAGGCGGUGAAGGUGAAUGGUGGGCUGACUGGGAAACUAACGGAGGCUAAGAAUAAACUAGAUGCACUGACGAAGAAUGGUGGUGGUGGAGCACUAGAUACACUAGCGAAUGGUAGUCAUGCUGGGUCAUUACAGCAGAUAACUAGUGAAGCACAAAAGUGGAGGAAGGAUUACAGUAGUGCCAAGGACAGGAUAAGUGAGGUUAUUCAUAAGGUACUAGAGGUGCUGACAACAUUGAAGGAGGGAGUCAAGGAGAAGAUAAAGGAAGAGAUGAAUGGCCACGAAAAGGCGUUAAACGAUGCCAUCGACAAGCUCAAAGACAUUUGCAACUCUCCCAAGUGCCCACCCUGUAAUGACCACAUAAACAAGUGUGGCCGGCAGGGAGAGAAGAAGACCUGUCCAACAUGUCACCAACAAUACAUGGACGGCUUUCCCUCCCCCCUCCAGGCAUUCCUAGAGGAUAGGUUACCAGGUUUUAGUUGUAACACUACCAUGGAAUUACUAGAAAAGUGGGAAGCGAGUAAAGCUGGCAGUACUCCCUCCUCGGAUGAGUACCCACCUGCAGCAUCCCACCUAGGACACUGUGGUGGUUCCGGCCAGUGCUGCCCACUGCCAAUGGGAUUUAGAAAUUCCUUCUACAAGGGCAGCACCACUGACUGUACCGGCCAACGCCUUUAUGGCAUCCUCUACUUCUUUAGUAACGAGAACAUGAUGCAGUCUUGUGUUUAUACACUAGUGAGAGUCACUGCAGCACUCAGUGCUACAACACCACAGGUACUGGGUGAUGUCUUUGGGUUCUUUAGGGGUGGUGUAGGAGAGAAGGAAAGUGGAAUGAACAAGAAUGGGCGAGAAGGAAUAAAGUGUAAUCACACAGGCGAUCCGUCUAAGAAAGGAGAUGAUGACUACGUUUGCGGCUGGUGUGCCUCUGGGUUACGAGAUGAGGUAAAGCAGAUAGAGUGGAUCCAAACGGUAAUGGGCGGGAAAGACUACAGAGAGACUGUCGGUAAUGCACUCAUAGAGAUUAAGGGCGAUAAGGGCACUGUCAGUGCAUAUUCCAGUAAUGGUACCUCUCCAUCCGCCCUCUCGACACUGACCAAGGACUCCGAGUACCUCUCCCCCCUAACCGGUGAGCUUUAUACAGCCGUGAGUGCCACCUUCGGUGGAACAUACCUCUCAUGGGUACUAUAUCUAUCAGAUGCACUUCAAUGGGGACUAAAGUCACUGACCAGUGAGUUCCUGCAGAUUGAAUGCCGUGGCUGCAAAGGACAAUGUGACCCCAAUAAGUGCAAAAAGGGAGAACACGGACAGAAGAGUACAGGAAACAGUGGCCAAUGUGGAUGCCAAUCAAUCGUAUCAUGCACCGGGGUACUACCAGUACUCUAUAGACAUGGGUUCAGUUAUGGUAACCCAUUCAAUCUGGAGGGGUUCGAGCAGGAGAACAAGGAGAAGGGAGAUUAUAGUAUAGAUAACAAGGGUGGGAAGAAGCGUUGUCACGAGUUCCUAGAGAGCCUGAAGAAAGUAAUAGAGAGCACUGAGAAGGACCAACAGAAAGACACUAAAGAACACCCCCUCACCAACCUCCUCUCCCAGGUCGGCCAACUCCAAUACGACAUACGGCUCCCCUGGAUCUUUGUUCUUACGUUAGCCUGGCUAAUGGCGGUACUCUACCUUGCCUUUGGUGCCAUAUGGCCAUUGGACUGGACACAUAUGAGGUCACACUGGUUACGGGGUGGUGAACACCAGUGGCAAUGUAUGUGGUAUAAGGUGAUGACGGGACGCAAAGGAAUGGAACUGGUGGAGUAUUUUGGUAGGAAAGAAGUGAAAAAGGACAACAGAACACUAAGGACAGUGUUUUUAUCUGGAGCAAAGGGUUGGGGUGGUGGGUAAUACGAGUGACCCAUGUGAAUAUAGC